AGCUGCGUCAUAGUGAUCAUUAGCGCGGGUCAUUAGAGUCUGUUGUAGAAACACACGAUGGUUAUGGGCACAGCCAGCCCCCACCCCCGUCUCCACACACACACCUCAUGGGGGGGUGCAGGGACCUGGCUGUGCCCAGAAUACUUGCAGGAUUGGGUUUUGACAGCUUUUACAAAGAAUUCUGUGUGAUAAGUGCAGCUUCCCUGCCGGAAGUGUAGCAGUGUAUGACAUUUAUACAUGAGAAACAUCACCAAAGAACCAUAAAGCGCCUAAUAAAUGCUCCCCAGGCUUUAUGAAAUAAAGUCAUUGCAUACACAUAAAACCAUAAAGCGCCUACUAAGUGCUCCACGACCUUAAUAAAAUAUAAACAUAGCGUACAUAGCGUGUAGAGGGUGUGUGGGUGGAGGUGAGCAUGAGGGUGGGGUUUACAUAAAACAGCAGCCUGAGGGGCUUUGUUAUAUCGUGAAUAUCGUCAUAGCUAGUGGUGCUAGGGCCCAUAGUGCGGCACGUUUCGCUUGCAUGAGGAAUACCGCUUGCAGCAAGGUUACCCGAACCGUGUUGCUAUCGAACACACAGCUGGGGGGCGGGUCUGGCCAGUCGCAGAGCGGGAUCUGCGGUAUCAGUUUUGUAAAAGUGAGUUUUCUGCCAUCGGAUUGGCCUGCGGAUACGAUUUCAUGGGCCUGAGUGUCUCCAGUUUCAGGGUUUCGAAUCUGACCUGCGGCCGUUUGACCGACAGAAGAAUCUAUGCUUGAGUUUAUCAUAAAAAAAAAUUUUAAAUGUCCUGUAGCCUUGGAGUCCUGGUGAAGGCAGGAGCACUCAGUCGCCGCCCCUAUAUCAGCGACACAGUAACCGGGGCAUGAGUCUCCAAAACAAGCCAGUUUCUACUGCAAACAUGCUGCAAAGCAUCAGCUCCUGCUUCACCUGCUGUUUUCCCGUGCAACGCUGCGUGACAAGUACGUCAAACACACGCAGGGCAUUCUGGGUAUUGACCCUCAGGAGAGGUUUCGUUGUAACUAUGCUAUACUCCAGGGAUGUGGUGGUGGAGGGGCGGGUCUUAGAAGGGGAGGCGGGGCUUAUACUAAUUUUGAUUCAGCUGUGAUGUAAGCGCGAGAGUGCCUUCGGUAUCUCGCCGUCCAUCUCCGUGUGGAGCCGCUAAAGGGAGGACAUGUUCUUUAGAGUCUGAGGGAACGACAGGGUACACAAGCAGCGCUGGAAGGUUCUAGACAGGAUUCCAAAGGGGCGCAGACUUGACUACAAGGAGGCUAGAGGAGGGAGUGAAGGGUCUGUUUUAGGAAGAGAUACCCAAUCCCUUGAGGUUAGCCGGUUAGCGAUGUCGCUACGUCCACGUGCAGCGUCUCAGCCUGGGAGACCGACGCCUGUGCAGAGCCCCGGGCUGAGCCACUUGCAGCGUCGCCGGGCCUCGUCCAGCAGGACCACGGCCCGCCUGGAGGAGGAGCUGACGUGCCCGGUGUGCUGCGAAAUCUUCCGUGAGCCCGUGGUGCUCAAGUGCAGCCACAGUUUCUGCCGCUCCUGCCUGCGGCACUUCUGGCAGCGCAACCCGGGAGGGCGCGAGUGCCCCAUUUGCCGGCGCAAGUGCUCGCUGACGGAGCCGCCCGUCAGCCUGGCGCUCAAGAACGUGGCGGAGAGUUUCGCGCAGCAGCAGGGCCCCGGCCUGGAACCCGGGGUGGGGGGCGCCGCCGCCGCCGAGCCCAAGGUGCAGUGCCACCAGCACGGGGAGCCGGUGAAGCUCUUCUGCCAGGAUGAUGGAGAGGUGCUCUGCUUCGUCUGCCAGACGUCCCGGAGGCACGCGGGACACCGGGUGUGCCCGCUGGACGAGGCCGCGCCCGACCUCAAGGCGGAACUGAAGCAAGAAUUGGGGCCUCUGAAGAAAAGCCUGAGGCACCUUUACGAAGCGAAGCAAGAAUGCGACGACACGGCCGUGCACAUCAAGAACCAGACACAGUGGGCCGAGCAGCAGAUCAAAGAGGAGUUUGAGCAGCUUCACCAGUUCCUGCGGGCCGAAGAGGCCGACCGACUGGCAGCCCUCAGGGAGGAGCACGACAGGAAGUGGCAGCAAGUGAAGGGGAAGACGGACGGCCUGACGCGGGACAUUCUCUCGCUCUCUCACACCAUCAUCGCCAUCGACAACGAGGUCGCCGCUGGUGACGGCCUGUUUCUCCAGAAUUACAAGAACACCAAAAAAAGGACCCAAUGCACCAUACAGGAACCAGAGAAGAUUCCAGGUGCCCUGAUCAAUAUGGCUCAUCACCUGGGCAACCUGAAGUAUAGGGUUUGGGAGAAGAUGUUGGGGAUUGUUAAGUACACCCCAGUGAUGCUGGACCCCAACACCGCCUACGCCUGGCUUUCCCUGUCCAGCGACCUGACGAGCGUGACAAACAGCGGGGCCGUCCAGGAGGUGCCCGACAACCCUGAGCGUUUCGACCACCUGGUCUUCGUCCUAGGCGCGGAGGGCUUCCUGUCGGGCCGGCAUUUCUGGGAGGUGGAGGUGGGAAACAAGGAGGAUUGGGUCCUGGGCGUGGUCAAAGAAUCUGUCAACAGGAAGGGGAAGAUGUCGGGCAGGCCUGAGGAUGGUUUCUGGACCAUCUCGCACUGCGAGGGCGAGUUUACUGCCAUGACCACGCCCCGCACCCCCCUCAAACUGAACGGCCCCUUGGAGAGGGUCAGUGUGCAGCUGGACUACGACUCUGGCAUGGUGGCCUUCUCCAACCCACUGACCAUGACGGCUAUAUACACCUUUAAGGACCACUUCACAGAGAGGAUGUUCCCAUUCUUCUGUCCUGGUGCAAACAUCAAUGGCAACAACUCCAAGCCGUUGAGUGUCUCUCCUGUGAAAGUGGCUGUGUGGAACAGUGCCACCUGGUGACCUGUAAGGGUUUCUACAAGAAUGGUUUGAGAACAGUAAUGGGAGAUUUGAUCCUCAAUGCAGCAGUGGGUGGGAUUACCCUACGCUGUCAGUCACUUCUUGGUUUUGCCUAGUGGGAAACAAUCAGAUAAGGAAUAGGCACUAUUUUGAUUGAUUGACUGGUUGAUUGACAGUGCAUUGUAAUCCUGCCCACUAUAUCUUCCAUUCUUCUCCCUAGGGUUGAUGGCCUCAAAGUUGGGCCUGGUCCAGAAUUGCAGAACAGUGUAAAACCAACACAUGCUGGGAAGAGGGGGGUGGGGGGGUGGCAUAACAGGACAUAACCCCAGAAAGGAUCACAACAGUUUCCUCUCAGGACAGAUUCCUACAACUGUAGCACGCCACCCCCCCCAUAGAGGACGUUUAUUUUGUAUUGUCUGUUUCACUCCCGCCGACCCUGAAUAGAAUAAGCGGUUUCAGAAAAUGGAUGGAUGGAUGUUUAAUUUUUUUCUAAUAGAGGAUAUGCUAUGAAAACACGCACAGUCAUCAUAAAUCACGCAUUUACAUCUGUUUUUAUGUCUUUAG